GCUCCUCCAAUUCCGCAUUCAUUUAUGUGACGGCAGACUAUUAGGUUUACAGAAAGGAGCAAGGACGCAAAUAAAAAGAUUUAAGCUUUGUCGGUUGCCCUUGUAUUCUAAGACUCUGUAAUCAUGGCCAGAAAAGGUGAAUGCAAAAUUGUGCUAGAAAAUUAUCUGCAACGAAAAUGUUCAUAUAUUUGGCAAAUUUUCACAAAAUAUAAAAAGGAAUAUGCACAACUGAUGCUGUAUGAAGAUGGUUCUUCAGUUAUUGAAUUCAAAACUGAUGUAAAUGGUCGUGUGAAAUUCAGAUAUGAAAUGGAGUCUUGCAUUGGUGUGUAUCUCAGAGUUCAAAUGGAUCAGGCAAGAGCAGAUUGGCCAGUCAAUAGUAAUCCUGAAUGUUGCUUUACCUUAAUAAAUCAUGAUGACAACAAUGUGUUUCUUGUUGCUGAUGAGUCAAAAAUUGCACACCGUUGGGCUUGGAAAUUAUCUGAGUACUCAAAGGCCCCUCAAACUGUUAGAAAAUCCAAUGAAGAAUUUAGUAUCAAUGACUUGAUUGAUGUGUUCGAUGUUUUAAAUGAUGAACCAUCACUCCUUUCAUGUGAUCCAUCAUCUUGGAAGUUUCUAGGUAGAAAUCUAGGGCUUGCUGAUGACACAUUGCAGAAAAUUGAAGAUUUCCAUGACACCACAGAAGAUCGGCUAUAUUUUUGUUUAUUAAAGUGGAUACAAAGGAGUGACAAAGUUGAUGAAAAAGGGGGGCCAACUCAUCUUAUUCUUGCAGAUUCACUGAAAAAAAUGAAAAAAGAGGAGAUUGCCAAGCGAGUUUUUGCAAAUUUUAGCCAUAAAAGUAAAAGUUUGUUGCUUGCUUUUAAUGCACCAUGUGUUUUGCAAUAUGCUAUGUAUAUAUAA